AUGGGCGACUGCACGACCUCAUCAGACGAGCUCGUUUUCUUCGUUAAUGGGAGGAAGGUCAUCGAGACACAUGCAGAUCCUGAAAUGACUUUACUCACUUAUCUGAGGAGGAAGUUGGGCCUACCAGGGACCAAGCUUGGGUGCGCCGAAGGUGGCUGUGGAGCGUGCACGGUGAUGCUAUCCAAAUACCAACCUCAAACUCAAAACCUGCUUCAUUUUGCAGUGAACGCCUGCCUUGCCCCAAUAUGUUCCUUGCAUCUGGUUGCUGUUACCACUGUGGAAGGAAUUGGUAGUGUUGCAAGACAGCUGCAUCCUGUGCAGGAGCGAAUUGCUAAGGCCCAUGGCUCGCAGUGUGGUUUCUGUACUCCGGGAAUCGUCAUGUCAAUGUAUGCACUGCUGAGAAAUAACACCUCCCCCAAAAUGGCUGAUGUGGAGGAGGCCUUUCAAGGAAAUCUUUGUCGCUGCACUGGAUAUCGGCCCAUUCUCGAGGCCUACAAGACCUUUACUGUGGAUGGUGGAUGCUGUGGUGGGAAAGGGUGGGUCAACGGCUGCUGUAUGACCAAUGGGAAAGCAGAAGAGAAGGAGACGUCUUCAGGGCUGUUUAAUGUUGCGGACUUUGCACCGCUUGACCCAACGCAGGAGGUCAUCUUCCCUCCAGAGCUAAUGGUGAGAAACGAAACAAAGACUCGCUCACUACGUUUCAGCAGUACUAGAGCAGUCUGGAUGCAGCCUGCCAACUUGGACGAAUUUCUUGAUCUGAAAUAUAAACACCCUGAUGCCCGAGUGGUGGUGGGAAACACUGAAGUGGGUAUAGAAGUGAAAUUCAAGAAUAUGUUGUAUCCAGUAAUCCUGGCUCCAUCCUUCAUUCCUGAACUCCACAGAGUGACACACACCGAUAAUGGCAUCAUGUUUGGUGCUGCUUGCACACUCACCCAUGUGGGUGUCGUACUGAAAAAGGCUGUUGAGGAACUGCCUUCUCAUCAGACCCAAUUCUUCCUUGCCGUUCUGGAGCAGUUGCGGUGGUUUGCGGGACAGCAGAUUCGCAAUGUUGCGGCUGUUGGCGGGAACAUCAUGACUGCUAGCCCCAUAUCUGACCUGAAUCCUGUCUUUAUGGCAGCCAACUGCAAACUCACACUGAUGGACAAAGAUGGCAGUCGUGUGGUUCACAUGGACGACAGUUUCUUUGUGGGUUACAGAAGGACUAUUCUGCAACCACAAGAAAUCCUGCUGUCCAUCGAGGUCCCCUACAGCAAGAAGUAUCAGUUUGUGUCGGCCUUUAAACAGUCACCUCGCCGAGAAGACGACAUCAGUAUUGUGACGGCAGCAAUGAGUGUCACUUUCACACCCGGGACGUGUGCUGUGGAAGAUUUAAGGCUAAGCUACGGCGGUAUGGCAGCGACCACUGUGCUUGCAAAAAAUACGGCAAAUAAAUUGUUGGGAAGAUGCUGGGGAGAGGAAUUGCUGGAAGAAGCUUGCUCCUCAUUGGCGGAAGAGAUGACCUUGGAUCCGUCUGCCCCUGGGGGCAUGGUGACGUACCGGCGAACUCUUACUCUGAGCCUAUUCUACAAGUUCUACCUGACUGUGCUACAAAAGCUCCGAGGGCAGGUCAGUAAUGUGUCAUUUGGCGGCAAACUGUCAUCUGAUUUCCUCAGUGCAACAGAGAUUUACAAUCAAGAAAUACCAUCCAGCGUGCAGAUCUAUCAGGAGGUGCCACCUUCUCAAAACCAAGAUGAUGUGCUGGGCCAUCCCGUAAUGCACCUCUCAGCCCUGAAACAGGCGACAGGUGAAGCGGUGUAUUGCGACGAUAUACCGCUAUUUGAGAACGAGGUGUACUUGGCGCUCAUUACCAGCACUAAGCCACACGCUCGCAUCCGCUCCAUUGACUCCUCUGCAGCCGAAUCUUCGCCAGGCUUUAUUAGUUGUGUCUUUGCUGGCGACAUUCCUGGCAGCAACGUCACCGGGAUAUUCCACGAUGAGACUGUUCUUGCUGAUAGCCUGGUCACGUGUGUGGGUCACAUCAUUGGCGCUGUUGUGGCUGACACCCAGCUUAAUGCCCAGCGAGCUGCCAAAGCUGUCAAGAUCCAGUAUGAGGAAAUGCAACCUAUUAUCACCAUACAGGAAGCCAUUGCUGCGCAGUCCUUCUAUCAGCCAAUUAGAAAACUCCAGAGAGGAGACCCAGAAGCGGGAUUUAAACAGGCAGACCACAUCCUGGAAGGUGAGAUGCACAUUGGCGGUCAAGAACAUUUUUAUCUGGAGACCAACUCGACUGUGGCAGUCCCUAGAGGGGAAGAUGACGAAAUGGAGAUUUUUGUAUCCACUCAGAAUCCCUCAGAGACACAGUUCCUGGUGGCGAAGGCGUUGGGCGUCCCUGCCAACAGGGUGGUAGUCCGUGUAAAAAGGAUGGGUGGAGGCUUUGGCGGUAAAGAGAGUCGGAGCACCAUACUCUCCACCGUCGUCUCCGUUGCAGCACACAAGCUGCGACGGCCUGUCAGAUGCAUGUUGGACAGAGAUGAAGACAUGCUGAUAACUGGGGGAAGACACCCAUUUUAUGGAAAAUAUAAGGUGGGCUUCCUGAAGAGUGGGAAAGUGGUAGCACUGGAUGUGUGGUACUACAGCAAUGCUGGAAACUCUUGUGAUCUCUCUCUCUCCGUCAUGGAGCGUGCUCUGUUCCACAUGGAGAACUCGUACAACAUUGAAAAUGUGUGCGGUCACGGCGUUUUGUGCCGCACCAACCUGGCGUCAAAUACUGCCUUUAGAGGAUUUGGAGGUCCCCAAGGCAUGAUGUUGGCUGAGAGCUGGAUAACCGAAGUGGCUCAGAGUCUGGGACGGCCUGCCGAUGAGGUUCGAAGACUGAACCUAUUUCGACAAGGUGAAAUGACACCAUACAACCAGGUCCUGGAACAGUGUACUUUGGACCUUUGUUGGGAUGAGUGUAUGUCCCGCUCACACUACCGGCAGCGGCGAGAUGCUAUAGAACUCUACAACAGACAGAACCGAUGGACCAAACGAGGCCUUGCUAUCAUACCAACCAUGUUCGGCAUUAGCUUCACUGCUGUCUUUCUUAACCAGGCUGGUGCACUGGUUCACAUUUACACAGAUGGCUCUGUUCUAGUGUCUCAUGGUGGGACCGAAAUGGGACAGGGACUUCAUACCAAGAUGGUCCAGGUGGCCAGCCGGGUUCUUGGUAUUCCCUGCUCAAAGAUUCACAUAUCGGAGACCAGCACUCAAACUGUCCCUAACACAAGUGCGACCGCUGCCUCAGCUUCCUCGGACCUUAACGGGGCUGCUGUCAGAAACGCUUGCCAGGUCCUCAGUCAGCGCCUAGAACCUUACAAGAGCAGAAAUCCCAAAGGAUCUUGGGAAGACUGGGUGAAAGCAGCAUACUUCGACCGAAUCAACCUGAGUGCAAAUGGCUUUUACAAGACUCCAGAUCUUGGAUACAGCUUCGAAACCAACUCUGGUCGAGCAUUCAACUAUUUCAGCUAUGGAGUUGCCUGUUCUGAGGUGGAAAUCGACUGUUUAACCGGAGCUCACAAGAACCUGAGCACUACCAUUGUCAUGGAUGUUGGAGUUAGCCUCAAUCCUGCAAUAGACAUCGGACAAGUGGAGGGGGCAUUCAUGCAGGGUCUGGGUCUGUUUACAUUGGAGGAGCUUCACUACUCACCCAAGGGUGUCCUCCUCACCCGGGGUCCGGGUUCUUACAAAAUCCCGGCCUUUGGUGACAUUCCAAGCGAGCUAACUGUGUCGUUGCUCCGUGACGCACCCCAUGACAAGGCCAUUUUUGCUUCCAAGGCUGUGGGCGAGCCUCCUUUGUUCCUGGCCUCAUCUGUUUUCUUCGCCAUCAAAGACGCUAUCACAGCUGCACGGGCUGAAUCGGGUGUCAUGGGCCCAUUCAGAUUGGAUAGCCCUGCCUCUGCAGAGCGGAUACGGAAUGCCUGCAAGGACCGCUUUACCAAACUGUGUCCUCCUGCAGAACCUGGUACGUUCCAACCUUGGUCUGUCCAAGUUUAA